GGGGCGUCGGGGAGGGCUGCUCCCGCCGCUCGGAAGGUGGCUCGGGGCGGCCUCCCCGUCUCCAUCCCCGGCCUUGCGUCUGGAUCCCGUUACGCCCCUCUCCGGACUGGCAGGGACCCUGCCUGCCCUUUCCAGCCCUCGAGGCGCAGCUCUGCCUCCCGUGAGCAUCCCAGACACACGCUCCGUCUCCAAGGGCCGGUUUGGCCGAGUGUCCCUUUUCAGGCGGUCCCCAGGGCAGGACCCGGCCAGUCCGUUUCCUCCCCAGAGUCCAGUUAAGGAAGGCAGGCGUGGCCAGAGCAGCCAUUGGCCCGAGAGGAGGGAGCGAAACCCCGAUAACCAUCUCCUGGAGAAGGCUGAACUGCUAGCCAAGUUCUCAGGAAAGCUGCAGUCAGAACCAAAGGGUGCCUCCUCCACCCCACAUCAGGACUCCUGCUACAAAAAGGGUUUCGCUGACUAUUCCAAAGAGGGGGUGAAGACAAAAGCAGCGAAUAGGUUGGAGACAGAACUGUUAAGAUGAUGUAGCCUUGGUGGGCUGCAAAUGGCCUUGAACUCCUGCUUUUCCUGCCCCCGCCUCAGGGACUGCAGGGGGCAGUUCUCAGGGCCUGUCCCUGACCACGUCUCGUCAGCAGCAUCUCUGAGGGUGAAGUGGCAGGAGGAGGAGAAGGGGCUGCAGCUGGUCUGUGGUGAGAUGGCCUACCAGGUCGUGAAGAAGAGAGAAGCCCUAGAAACCCUGCAGUCACAGCUGGAGGAGCGGCGGGGCCGGCUGGAGGCCCUGCAGGCCUGCGUGCGGCGGCUGCAGGAAGCCCGAGCACGCGAGUCCCAGCAGCUGAAAGAGCGGCGGGCGGAGAACGCGGCGCAGAGGGAAGCCUACGAGGCGCUGCGCGAGCAAGCUGCGCACCAGGAGGCGGCACUGCGCAGGCUCCAGGAGGAGGCGCGCGACCUGCUGGAGCGGCUCGUGCAGCGGAAGGCGCACGCCGCCGCCGAGCGCAACCUGCGUAAUGAGCGCAGAGAGAGGGCCAACCAGGCUCGGGUGUCUCAGGAGCUGAAGAAAGCGGCUAAGCGGACUGUGAGCAUCAGCGAGAUCCCAAACUCUUUAGAAGGUGGGAUCAAGGAAGAGGCUGUGACUCUAGCGCCUGCUGCUAAGCCCGAGUUCCUGGAGAGUGAGACUUGUGAAAAAUGGAAGAGGUCUUUCAGGUCUGCCUCAGCCACCUCUCUGACACUGUCCCGCUGUAUGGAUGUGGUGAAGGGGCUGCUGGACUUCAAGAAGAGGAGAGGUCACUCAGUGGGGGGUGCACCUGAGCAGCGGUACCAAGGCAUCCCCAUGUGUGUGUCUGCCCAGAUUCCUACCCAGGCUCAGGAUAUCUUGGAUGCCCAUCUCUCUGAGGUCAAUGCUGUUUGUUUUGGCCCCAACAUCAGCCUCCUGGCCACUGGAGGGGCUGACCGGCUUAUCCACCUCUGGAAUGUUGUGGGAGGUCGUCUGAAGGCCAACCAAACCCUGGAAGGAGCUGGUGGCAGCAUCACUAGUGUGGACUUUGACCCCUCAGGCUCCCAGGUUUUGGCAGCUACUUACAACCAGGCUGCCCAGCUCUGGAAGGUGGGAGAGACACAGUCCAAGGAGACGUUGUCUGGACACAAGGACAAAGUGACGGCUGCCAAAUUCAAGCUAACAAGGCACCAGGCAGUGACUGGGAGCCGAGACCGGACAGUGAAGGAGUGGGACCUGGGCCGCGCCUACUGUUCCAGGACUAUCAAUGUACUCUCCUACUGUAAUGACGUGGUAUGCGGGGACCACAUCAUCAUCAGUGGCCACAAUGACCAGAAGAUCCGGUUCUGGGACAGCAGGGGACCCAACUGUAUCCAGGUCAUCCCUGUACAGGGCCGGGUGACCUCCCUGAACCUCAGCCAUGACCAGCUACAUCUGCUUAGCUGUUCCCGAGACAAUACACUCAAGAUCAUCGACCUGCGAAUCAGCAAUAUCCGACAGGUGUUCAGGGCAGAUGGCUUCAAGUGCGGUUCUGACUGGACCAAAGCUGUGUUUAGCCCUGACAGAAGCUAUGCACUGGCAGGCUCCUCAAAUGGAGCCCUGUACAUCUGGGACACGAACACCGGGAAACUGGAGAGCAGCCUACAGGGACCCCACUGCACUGCCGUCAAUGCCGUGGCCUGGUGCAUCUCUGGGAACCAUGUCGUGAGCGUGGACCAAGGCAGGAAGGUGGCGCUCUGGCACUAGUGGCACAACUGCCCUGUGCGGGUUGGACUGUGAAGCCAGAAGCCGGAGAACAGCUUCCUUCUGCUCGAUCCUGGAGCCAGGGUUGGGGUCUACUGUAGCUUUCAUGCGAGGGCCUGGCAGGACCUGGCCUGUUUGUUGAAAUCAAAGUGUGCGUUAGGAACUACAAUGUUAAAGAACCUAUGUUUACUGUCUUCAGAGUGCUAAAAAUUAUAUCUAAGCA